UACGCGCAACCGAGAGAGAGAGAGAGAGAUUGGCGCUCGUUAAGCGCUGCUUGGAGCUUCGCCUCCUUUUCCUGAGAUCGGCGCCGGCGGAGGAGGUCGGAACCGAUCGUGGAGGAGGAGCCAGAGCCCCAGCCCACGCCACUCCAUCUGCGGCGCUGGGAAGAGCUACUCGGCGUCAGUCUCCUACGGUACUGCCCCUCGCUCGGAGCACCACGAUGCCUGGGAUCGUGCAGUGAAACCCGGAGCUUUGCGCUCCUACCCGGCAGGGUUUCCAAACUGCUGUUAUUUCAAACCAUCACCUCAUGGGACAAGCUCAUCUACCUCGCACACUUGAAGUAGGGGCUCUCCAAAGUUUGUUAGAUGGGUUCUCCAAGGAACCGCCAGAAUUGCUAGCUCUUCUUCCUUUCUCUGAGUAAUGACUCUUUACUAAAGGACUUUUACAAGCGAGAUCUCUACUGAAAAAAAAAACCUGACUCAAUUGACCGUAGAAUGGGCACCUCGAGCGAAGAGAUGGUCUCAGCAGAACAGAACCUGAAUCCACUCUGCUUUGAAUGUGGCCAGCAGCAUUGGACAAGAGAAAACCACUUGUACAAUUAUCAGAACGAGGUGGACGAUGAUUUAGUUUGCCAUAUUUGCCUUCAACCCUUGCUACAGCCAUUAGACACGCCUUGUGGUCACACGUUCUGCUAUAAGUGCCUACGAAACUUUUUGCAAGAGAAGGAUUUCUGUCCCUUAGACCGCAAAAGGCUCCAUUUUAAAUUGUGCAAAAAAUCUAGCAUCCUUGUUCACAAACUGCUUGACAAGCUCUUGGUGCUGUGUCCUUUUUCUUCAGUAUGCGAAGAGGUAAUGCAGAGAUGUGAUCUGGAAGCACACCUGAAGAACAGGUGUGCUGGGGCUUCCAAUCGAAGGGCUGCUUUGGAGAGACGGAUGAACAACAAAUUGCAGUCAGCCUCUGAAAGUGAAAAUGAGAACGCCAUGAUCGAUCAUCUGGACUCCCAGUCACCUGAAGCAGAGCCUGCUGGCACUGGGAUAGCAUCAGUGGAGCAGAACAUGACAUCCGCGACAGUUUCGGUGUGGACAGAUGAGUCUGGAGUUGAUAACCCUGCUUUUGAGGAGAACAUAGGAACGGAGACAAUCCAUCAGCCAUCAAGUUUACCGGAAGGUGAGAUCACCACCAUUGAAAUUCAUCGGUCCAAUCCUUAUAUUGAAUUGGGAAUUAGCAUAGUGGGUGGCAAUGAAACACCUUUGAUCAACAUUGUUAUUCAAGAGGUUUAUCGUGACGGGAUCAUUGCCAGAGAUGGAAGGCUCCUUGCUGGAGAUCAAAUACUGCAGGUGAAUAACUUUGACAUCAGUAACGUGUCUCACAACCAUGCCAGGGCCAUCCUUUCCCAGCCCUGUACAUCGCUGCAUCUCACUGUCCUCCGAGAGAGACGAUUCGUAAGCCGAACACACAAUCAUAGUGAUAGCCCUCCCCAGCGAGAGGAUAGCUUCCAUCUGACCUUACACAAGCGAGACUCAAGCGAACAGCUUGGCAUUAAGCUGGUGCGCAGAACAGAUGAGCCAGGAGUAUUUAUUCUUGACCUGCUGGAAGGGGGGCUGGCUGCUCAGGAUGGCCGACUCUGUAGCAACGACAAGGUGUUGGCUAUCAAUGGGCAUGACCUGAAGCAUGGCACACCUGAACUGGCUGCUCAUAUUAUCCAGGCCAGUGGCGAGAGGGUGAACCUAACCAUUUCCAGGCCUACCAAGUCCCAAAUUGUAAGCAUUCUUAGAGACGGAGGAACCCAUCUCACCAGUCAUCAUCAAUCCUAUCAGCUAUAUCACAGCAACAGGCCAAGCCCACAUAAGGAUCUCUCACAAUGUGUGACUUGCCAAGAGAAGCAUAUCACAGUGAAGAAGGAGCCCCAUGAGUCCCUUGGCAUGACAGUAGCAGGAGGUCGAGGCAGCAAAAGUGGGGAAUUGCCAAUAUUUGUUACAAGUGUACAACCUCAUGGCUGUUUGGCAAGAGAUGGCAGGAUCAAAAGAGGUGACGUGUUGAUGAACAUUAAUGGCAUUGAUCUGACCAAUCUGAGUCACAGCGAGGCUGUGGCUAUGCUCAAAGCCAGCGCUGCUUCCUCGGUCGUUGCUCUGAAGGCUCUAGAGGUCCAGAUUGCAGAAGAGCAGCCUCAGGCAAAUGAUGAGCAGCCGAGCACCAUCAGUGAGAAUGAAUAUGAUGCUAGCUGGUCGCCAUCUUGGGUCAUGUGGUUAGGACUUCCAAGCUGCCUACAUAGUUACCAUGACGUUGUGUUAAGAAGGAGCAAUCUAGCCAGCUGGGGAUUUAGCAUUGUUGGUGGCUAUGAGGAAAAUCACACAAACCAGCCUUUCUUCAUUAAAACAAUUGUUAUAGGAACACCAGCAUAUUUUGAUGGAAGACUCAAAUGUGGUGAUAUGAUUGUUGCUGUCAAUGGACUUUCAACCAUGGGUAUGAGCCAUUCAGCGCUGGUUCCUAUGUUAAAGGAACAGAGAAAUAAAGUAACAUUGACUGUUAUCUGCUGGCCAGGAAGUCUUGUAUAACGUGCAAAGAACAUAUACAUUGGUUGAAGCAGCUUUUUUUUUUUUAAAUAGCUGGCUCGACUUUUUCAGGCAAAGCUGUGUUCCCCCCCCCCCGCCCCCUUUUCUACUAAUGCAGCUGGUAAUAAGCUGGGCCAAAAAAUUGCUACCUUCAUAUUUGACAAAUGUGUAUAAACAGGGGGUGCGUGGGAAAGGAUGAUUUUUAACUGUACUGUGGUGUUCUUCCCAUCCUAAAAGUAGCCAUUUCUAUCAAGUUUUGUUUAUUAUUAUUUUGUUGAUUUCCCAUCAUUAUGUCAUUGCGGUAUCCAUGUGCAUAUACUUCAGUUUCUUGGCUGGUUUAAGGAGGUCAGCCUAUUCCAACAAUUGUAGUGGGGGGCAGGAUUGCACCGAGUCUGGGUGCCAACAUGCUGGCAUGUUAGCUACCUGCUAGGCCGAUCUCUGCAUUGUUAAACACAAGUGCAAAUGUACAACCUGAAGACAGCAGGUUAACAACAAAUGACACGAAAGGCCUUCUACAUAAGAGGUGGUUAUCCUGUGAGGUGCUUCCUAUUUAGGUUUUCAGCUUUGCUCACGGAAGGGACACUUGGACCCCCCCCUGUUUCAAUUGUUAAAAUGUGUUGCUGCGUUAAGAUUUAAAAGAUUAACAUCUACAUAUUUUUUUCCCUACAUUUCAGUAUUCUUCUGUUGAUAUGAGAGCCUGAGCAAUUCUUUGUGCUAUGACUGCCACAUAGAAGUUGCAGGAAGUAAUUCCAUGUAGCACAUGCUCCAUAUAAUAGUCUUAACCCAUAAGAAGGCCCACUGCCCCAAGGUUACAGUUGGUUUUCUACUAUCAAAUGCAUUGGGCGGCAGGGAGUGGUGGAAAGAAAGAAAACGGUUGUCAGCCAUUGCCCAACAAAAGUAUUUAUGGCAUCGUAAUUAUAAUGUACCAAUUUGUCCCUGGCUACAUGUAAUCAGCAAGGCCAUGUUUCAUGUGAAGCAUGACGGUAGCUUGUAAGAACCCCGGGUAGCAUAAAUAGUUGCCCCAAGGCUGAAACUGCAAUCAGUAUUAUUAUUUAAGGCAUGCACCGAUGCAUGACCAACCUAUGAAAGCAGCAUCAGAUGCAGAGCGGUGCUUUGCUUAUAGGCAGGUAUCUUUUGUGAUAAUUCCAAAUCCUGUAAUCUGAAUAAAUUAUGAGAACUUGCCAUUAUGUCUGCAUUUUCUGUUUUGCAUAAUUUAUUCCUCCAUUAAGUCUUCAUUGUGUAUUUUGCAUUCUCAUUGGACAAGGCAUGGGGUACAAUGGAGCUUCUUGCCACAGGAAGCUUGGCUCACCCAUUCCCCAACUUUCAAGAGUCAUAAAAUAACAGGGCAGGAAGGGAUCUUGGAGGUCUUCUAGGCCAGGGGGCUCCAACCUCGGCAACUUUAAGACACAGCAAAGCUGUCUGAGGAACUCUGGGAGUUGAAGUCCACAAGUCUUAAAGUUGCCAUGGUUGGAGACCCCUGUUCUAAGCUAACUAGAAUGAAUAACCAACCAUUGUUUGAGAACCUCUAGAGAUGGAGUACUCACAACUCCAGGAAUCAGGUCAUAGUCCUAAUUCUUCCUAAUUUUAAAUUUGGAUCUCUUUUGGUGAAGCUUCCAGCUUUUAGUUCUUGUCCUAUCCUGUGGCACUACAAGGAAUACCCUGUUUCCCCCAAAAUAAGACAUCCCCUGAUAAUAAGCCCAAUCGGGCUUUUGAGCGCAUGGCAAAAAGGCCAAGUGCUUAUUUCAGGGUUCAAAACAAUAUAAGACAGGGUCUUAUUUUUGGGGAAACAUGGUACAUGUACAUCCUCUUCCCUAUGUUAGCCCUUCUGGCAUUGUAAAUUUUUGUGUCUUCCCUUAGCCUUAUCUUCUUUAGGAUAAACAUCCCGCUUUCCUUUUAAUUGUUCUUGAUAAGAUUUAAUUGCCAAACCCCUCAUCAUCUCUUGUUCUUCGCUGCCUUCUUUCCAAUUCCUGUACUGUGGCAGCCAAUCCCAGAUACAUUAUUCUAAUUGUAAUCUGAUCAGGCCACCACAUGGUAGAACUGUCAUUUCCCACAAUCUCAAGACUAUACCUCUGUUGACGCAGCCUAAGGUGGCAUUGGCUCUUUGGACAGUUGCAGCACAUUGUUGGCUCUUAUUUAAUCUGUGGUCUACUAAGACACUCAGAUCCUUCUCACCAAUACUACUUUCAAAAGAAAUACCAUCAGUAUUGUACUUGCGCAUUUGGUUUUUUCCCUCCUUAAUUGCAGAACCUUACAUUUCUGACCAUUGAACCAAAUUUCAUUGAAAGGGCUCAAUAUACAAAUCAAUACCCUUUGAACCUUGAGCUGGUCUUCUGAUGUAUUGCCAAUCUCUCCUCUCGGCUUUGUGUCAUCUGCAAAUCUGCUUAGCAUCCGUUCUAUGGCUUGCCUGAGUCAUGUAUAACAAUGCUGAAGAACGCUAGGUCCAGAAUAGAAUUCUAAAGUACCCGUUCCCCUUGAUCUACUAAGGACCAUGAAUUGGGUACUAUUGUUCAACCAACAGUGAAUCCAUCUGAUAAUAGAACCAUCCAUUCCAGAACAGUUCUAGGUUAUGUAAAAGAAAGCCAUGGUCAACUUUAUCAGACUGGGGAGCAUUGAACCAAAUAUAUUUCUUUAAUCAUAAGGUCUAUAUUUUUUUUAAAGUAAAAGGUUGUAGUGAUAAGUGAAAGUGAAGGUACAGAAUGUACAUUGACACUUCAUGAAGUGUAUACAAUUGUUAGAGUAGAUACAGAAUAAAUUCUUUCAAAAGAGUGAUGCUUUAAUGAAAAUCUGCCACACACACACACACACAACUUUAUUUGCCUAUUACAGUUCUUGGAAAAUAGGUCUUGCCAGUUCUCUCUUUCACUAAGGAGAUUUAAUAGCAGAAACCUAGCUAAUUAAGGUGUAUGUUUUGUAGACUUCAUAGUCUCUUUCAAAAGAGCAAAAAUUUAUGUGCGUCUCAAUAUUCCUAAUCCCUACAAAAUGUAUUUGAACUUCUUUCCAUCCCAACUGUGUUCACUGAGUAGGACCAAAGCCUACUUUUUUAAAAAAAAUCAAUGAACUGCAAUAAUUGGAUUAUUUUUUGAAUAUUUCAUGUGUAAAGGGGGUUGUACCCUUCAAUAAAAUGUAAUGUGGGUAUGAUAACAGUGCUGGCAACAGUAACAAAAAUUAAUUGGGGGUGACAUUAGUUUGAUCUGCAAUAUUAACAUGCAUUGAUAAUUGCUGUCCAAAGUGAAUGUUUUGCUAUGUAAAAAAAAAUGUUUUUCUAAAAACCAUUUUUACACUUUAUACUGCAGCUAAUUGUAGCUUUCUUGUGUGUCUUAUAUGCAAAAGCUGAGAAAUAAUUUAGAAAAGGGAAAAACUAUUACUAGGAGUGCUAUGUUAUAAUUUCAGGAAGUCUAAAGAGGAGAAGGAACCCAAUACCCAUAACUGGGAGAAAGAAUGAUAUUUUCCCUUGUUAUUUUGUCUCCUGAUAAAAGCCCAGAUGCCUUUACCUAAAAUGCUGAAACAACCUAUGUUGUUUAUGGAGUCGUUUCCUUAAUUAUUUACCUUCUCUGAGCUGAGGACAGCUAGUUUGUUUUAUACACAGAUUCACACUUCCAUUCUACGACAAACCUCUACCGUAGGUAGUUGGACAAUAUGGACAUCCUUUUGUAAAGCACUCAAUGUUGGCUUUCAAAUGAAUCCAGAUUUCCUCUGCAAAAGUCAUUUGACCUACUUGAAAGUAGUCUUAAUUCAUAAUGGUUAAGUACGUUUAGAAUGAUCUGUGUAUUAUAAUGCUAGUAUUACUUAUCUGAGAAUGUAUUUUACCCUCACAUCUAUCUAAUAUGGGCAUGCAUUUUUCCUGCCUCCCUUCCCUCCCAUGUUUGAAACAUUCUAAUAUGAAAUAAUAUGGCAUGUCUUUUUGAGUUCUUUGCUCUAAAGAAAGCGGUAAGACUUUGAUUUAAAAAAAAAAAAAACCAACACAACAAAUAUGAUUUUACUUCUGUCCUGUGCAAUGCAAAAUCUUAUGCUUUCACACUGUAGAUCCAUACGGUAUCGCUGUGUUUAAUAAUAUCCAUCAAGGAUGGGAAUUUAUUCAGCCCAGUCAAGAACUGCAGUGAAAAUUCCCAUUUGUACACAGACCAAAGUCCAAAGAACUUCCUGGAGUUGCAUAAGGAAUGUUGUAUCUUCAUGAAUUUUUUCUAACUGUCUCUGAUGCUAUAUUGCACCUUGCUUUUGGAAUUCUCUGUUUCAAAAGCAAUUGAUGUGACACAUAGGAGGAGGUAACUACAAUUGCAAAACUUUUCACAUUCUAGUAGGUUAUUGCUACUAUGUAUGUAGCCUUCCAUAUUUGCUGUAAUAAAACGGCCCUCCUUCGUAAAGAAUCCCAUUGUGAAAUCCCUUGAAGAUGGGGUACACUUCAGGGUCCAGCAGCCACAGCAGUCAGGAUUAUGAAGAGAGAAAUAUUGCUGUGGAUAAGAGGAUAUCACUGUAAAAUAGAAAGCUGGCAUGAUGAGGUUAGUGUUGUACCAUCAUUAUGGACACAUUCAAGGUGGAAAGAUUGAGGGUUAAGCCUUAAUGUCUCUACAAUAAUAAGCAACUAUUUCCCCUUCCUUGAGUGAAUGAUGGGAUAUAAUUUUUCGGUUUUAACUUUGUAAACAAAGCAUUGCAUUUUAUUGCAAGUUACCCUACAGACUAAUGAGGAACAUAGUUGUCCUGCAUUCAGCACAUGCCAUUUGAAAUUAGGCCAUUGCACUGAAUGCUCAGGCAAAACUAUCAUCUCGUGUAGUGGCAAAGAGUACCAUAGACUUUGUGCUAGGGUUUUGUACUAUCAAUUACCAUCUCUAUUAAUAGAAGCUGGUACCAGGUGGAUUCUCUUAUCCUUGCCUAUUUUUUAUUUAUUUAUUUUUAUUUUUUGCUGACAUGUUAUUUCAAUUUCCUUAUUAUUCUCAUGUAUAUCAUUGGGUUGGUUCUUUAGUGCCUUCUGUCUUAAACUAUACCAUACAGUGAAUUCCAGUGCUGUGGUAUUAACUGAAGGAUAAGAGAAAAAUAAAAAUGAGUUUUCCUUUUGCA